UAUGUAAUUACUUGUUGAAAUUUCUAGAAAGACAAAUAUUUAGAAACGAGGGAGUAUUCAGUUUUCUGCAGUAAAAACUCAGGUGUUAGCUGAUGGUCCUGAAGAGAGUUUCAACCGACAAUUUGCUAACUCACCUGAGUGCUUGUUGCUUUGGCCCAGGUGGUUAGUUCAUUCAAGUGGCUAAUCAUUUCAAACUACACAGAGCUUCUGUGUGCACUCAGUCAUCCAGGCUGGAAAUGAUCGAUACCUUGUUUAAGCCAGUUGGAGAUGACGAUCAUGGCUUCAUUAAGGAUUCAGUAGUUGACUUUCUGAAAAAUAACAAUGGUCAGAAGCCGGAACAAAUUAUCAUUUUCAGGGAUGGUGUUAGCGAGAGCCAAUUCAAUCAGGUGCUGAACGAUGAGCUAUCUCAAAUCAUGGAGACAUGCAAGUUUUUUGGUGGCAAGCACUUUAGUGGCAACUGGUUCCCCAAGUUCACAGUGAUGGUUACACAGAAGAAUCAUCACACGAGAUUUUUCCUACGGAAUGGACAGAGACCUGAUCAAGUGACUAAUGUCCCCCCUGGGGACUACAAGGCCAACACACGACCAUGUGCUCCAAGAUGAGACAGGCUUCUCCGCUGAUGAGCUGCAGGAGCUCGUCCACUCCCUUUCCUAUGCGUAUGUGCACUGAAGUAGCUGCAAAAGAUUCAGCCCUUACCUUGCCUCGGUGCAUUCCUGACAUUUUUAUGCUUGUGAACUCGUUUCAGGUACCAGAGGAGCACCACAGCCAUCACAGCUGUUGCUCCCAUCUUCUACGCACACCUUGCGGCGGCACAGGUGGCCAAGUUCACCAGGCUCAAUGACAUGUCGGAGACGUCGUCCCAGGCUGAGGCUGCCCCGGUGCCGGAGCUGCCUCGUCUGCAUCCCACGAUAGCAUCGUCCAUGUUCUUCUGCUGAAUCGCGCGGUUUCCCCAUCGUCGGUUGUUGGAAGCGACUGAAACUUUACCAAAUGCUAGACGGAACCGGUCGUGUUGUUCAUGCCUGAGCGCUGAAGUAUGCUUUUGGUCUUAGCUACUAGAUUUAAUGGAUGUUAUCUCCAAGAACAAUCUUUGAUUGCUAUCAUGGAGUUGCUUGCCAACAAUAAUCUGCACUUUUGAUGGUCAAGACCUAGACCCUCUGCUCAUGUGCAAGGUGUUGUUCAUGCCUGAGCGUUGAAGUAUGCUUUUGGUCUUAGCUACUAGAUUUAAUGGAUGUUAUCUCCAAGAACAAUCUUCGAUUGCUAUCAUGGAGUUGCUUGCCAACAAUAAUCUGCACUUUUGAUGGUCAAGACCUAGACCCUCUGCUCAUGUGCAAGGUGCAACGUAUUCUGGAUGUUAAGUUUAUAAAUAUGGUCGGCAGCAUGUCCAAUGAUUUAUAAGUUUGGGAUUCACAAUAAGUGUCUUUAUAGUUUUGUGUUUACGUACUUUGCUGUCAAUUUACUUCAGUUAGCAAGGAAAAGCCUGGCUUUUGACCCGGCUUAGGCCUUGUUCGGUUGCAGUGGAUUUAAUCCUCUAGGUGAUCCCCAACCCCUCACCCAAUCCCCACUGAUCCCAUCCUAAUAAUGGUGUGAAAUAUAUAGCAGUUCAUAUGCUGAUGCAGCACUAAUCAGAAAGUACUGCUUUACACAAAAUGGAACUGUUAGACAAUUUACCAAUGUGCUCUGUGCAUGAAAUUCAGAAGCAAUACUAGAAUAAAAUUGUAAGUCAGGGGUACAAUCCCGGUAAAAACCGAGGAUUUUGGAGGUGUAUGAAAUUCAGAAGCAAUACUAACAUAGUUUAUAUGAGACAGGGUUACAAUCCACGCUGGGCUCUAACCUAUAAGAUUGACCGGGAUGAAACCUCGGGUGGGAUGAAACCAUGGGGUUUGGCCCCGAUCCCAGUGGGGUGGGCUCUAACCGAACGAAGCCUUACAGGUUAGAGGAGAUUGUAGUGAAAUAUACUAACAUAGUAGGAAAGCACUAAGUAAAAUAUAGGAUUAUCCAUUAUUAAAUCUAUUUCUUCUAAAAACCACUGAAAGGAAAAACUAUAAACAUACCCACAAGAAUGCAACUAAGAGAUACUCCCCCCUUCACAAAAUAUAAGGCGCACUUGACUUUUUUUGGUCUUCAUCACACAACUUUGACUUUAUUGCAUGUCUACCAAAUUAAUAUAAAGACAGAUGAACUAAAAUUAUUUUACA